AUCUUAAGAAAAUAAGUGUUGUUUUCCUGCGGCCUUAAUAAACAAAGCACAUCUAAUUCGAAAUAUACGCAUUUGGAAACCGUGCAAAUGGAGCCACCAACAACAGGAGGAGCCGCUAUACAACCGGGCGUAUCCCCCGCACACAUCCACGAUACGGAUCAUCUUCUAGACCCUGUACUAUUCUCUAACGACAAUGGGAGCUAUAAGCUGAAAACAGUGCCCGCAUUUAGUCUACAUUUGGUUAUCUCCACUGUAAUCUCAAUUGUGGGGAUCGUACUGGCAGCAUCGUUCCCGACGGAUCGGCGUUGCGAUGCCUACUUCAUAAUGCUCUACCUACGUGCCACAUUCUGGGUCAUCACAUAUCUCUUCGAUCACUUUGUGAAAAAACAACACGACAAUCUACGCAUGCAAGGCUAUCACGAUUUCCACCGCGAGACGAACAUGCAGAAGGGUAUUCCCCUUCAGCUGGUCUCCCUGUGGAACUCAGCGCUAUUGGCCGUCCAGGCAUUGAUACACCACUUUUACGCGGAGAACUUCUGGGAGCACUGCGCCGCUGGUUGGUUGUCCCCGGUCAGCUAUGUGACCGCUUUUACCGUAGCCGAGAAUCUGGUGCUGGCUAUUUCUCACAGUUUGUACAUUGACAAGGUGCGUAAGUUCAACAGCGCCAAGAUGCCCCCUGACGUUUUACGAGGUGCAGACCGUGCUGGUGGUUCUUUGGGCCUCAUGCAACCCGGAGGCGAUAUUGAAGAGUUGCUGGAGAAGCAGGCCGAUUUAAUUGCCUAUCUGCGUGACCACACGCAUAAGCUCAACCAGAAGCUUCACCAAAUGCAGACCAAUGUACGACCGGUGAGGGCUCCUCAAAUUCCUUAAAGACAAAUCAAGUGACUACAUAUUUCUAUACGUAUUAUCAUAUUAUUACUGGUGGUUCUCUUUUUAUUGCUAAAUAUUUUGUUCACGACGAAGAAAUAUUCUUCAAGAAAAUCAACUGCAAAAUUGCAAUUGCAUGUUAACGAAAAAAAUUAAUUAAUUAAUUAAUCAAUUGUAAAGAUAGAGACAUCAAUUAUAAAUCCUCGAUCAAAGACUAUUUUCAUUGAUUUGUAUUAUACAAACAAUUGUGUGUAAAAAUAUUAUAUUAAAACUGAUUUAUACAAUUAA